CCAAACACUUGAAUCGUACCUCUCUCUCUCUCUCUCUCUCUCUCACUCUCUCAUUCCGGGGAGUACAGCAAACCAAAGAUCUCAAUCUUGCCUAGCCCUCCUCCUCCUCUUUUUGUUAUACCAAAUUCCUCUUCUGAUCCUCCUUGGAGGAAGUCAAAGGAGAAGAAAAUGUCGAACAAAAGCCGAUCAAUGUCGUUUCCUUGAUGGCUCUACAACUUGCCCCUUUUAAUAUUGGGACUACAUUAAGGAAAUUUGUCAACCCUUGAGUCGAUUGGUUGCUUUGAGGAUACUUAAUCGUGGACUAGUUUUUCUUCGCAUGAAAAUUUUGUUUCUUGUCGCGUUUGUCGAGGGUCUCUACGCGUUCUUGUGUUUCUCUAAUGGUUGAAUCUGCGUUCUCUUCGGUGGUGCCUUUGAUGGUGUAGGAAGUGUAGAGGCGGAGUAGUGGCUAGAUCAUUUGGAUUGCCGGCCCAAGACUGUGGAGCUGGGAUCUUGAAGGCCUGCGGUGUCUGGCGAAGCAGUGGGACAUGAUGGCGACGAUGGAUCGGGUCUUCGGCGGUGGAAAGCUUGUUCGUUAGAGAACUUCCCUUCUCGCUGAUUAUUAUUCCAAUGUAGCAUCACUAGUGUUGAAUCUUAGAAGCUAACUUGAUACUGAGUCCUUAAUCAACAUGCUUAUCUAGAUCUAUACUGGAAAAUAAAGUUGUGUCCAAAGAGUUACUUGAGUGAAUCAUUGAAAGACUACCUAAGACAAGAAAAUGACAUCACAAAGGGAUGUGUUUGAGGUCUCAGGACCUAUACAUCUGACCUCAGUAAAUUGGAACUGCCUACAUUACCAAAGAUCAGUUGCAGCCAGUUUGGUUCAAGGUGCAUAUGUUCUAGAACGCGAUAGACAACAAAACCGUCAAGGUUCAGAAGCUCGUGCGCCUCCUUGGUGGGAAAGCUUCCAUUUUGAAGUAAUCCGUAAACUAAUUGAUGAUUCUGAUUUCUCCAUCUUUGGUGCCAUUUAUGAAUAUAGACCUCCUGUAGGCUUCCAAAAUUCUACAGUUAAUAAAGCUCCAAGAUUUGUGAUAGUCUUUCGAGGUACCAUCACAAAGAAAGAAUCUGUUUCUCGGGAUGUUAAACUGGACUUACAUCUUCUCAGAAAUGGCCUCCAUCAGACAUCUCGGUUUGAAAUAGCAAUGCAGGCUGUUCGUGCCCUAGUUUCAGCUUUUGGACAUCAAAAUGUAUGGAUCGCCGGUCAUUCUCUGGGGGCAGCCAUGGUGACACUUGCUGGGAAAAUUAUGGCUAAGGAGAGUAUGAAUCUCAAGGCUUUUCUCUUUAAUCCACCAUUUUUCUCAGCACCAAUUGAGAGGAUAAAAGAUAAGAAGGUUAAGCAGGGAAUUCGCAUCGCAAGCAGCUUUAUAACUGCUGGACUCACUUUGGCCGUGAAAGGCCCCGGUCACAAGUCAGACUCAUUUACAAAGUUGUCAUCAUGGGUUCCGUAUCUUUUUGUAAACCAGGCUGAUGACGUCUGCUCAUCUUAUGUUGGUUAUUUUGAUCAUCGCAAAAAGAUGGAGGAAAUUGGAGCAGGAAAUAUUGGGAAGUUGGCAACACAGAACUCUGUCAAAGAUCUGUUUUUAAGUGCUUUUGGAGUGGAGUCAGAGUCAUUGCACCUCCUUCCAUCAGCAAAUCUGACUGUAAAUUCAAGUCCGGCUCCAGACUUCAAGCAUGCACAUGGUAUACACCAAUGGUGGAGGCCAGAUAUUGAUCUGCAAUCAAAAGUGUACCUUUAUGACUGAUAUAGAAGGGGAAGCAUGCAUUAUAAUCGAUGAAGCAGUGCACUUCAUCUUUCUCAGUGGUAGGGAAUAUGUGGUGUGAUGGGCUAGCAGAUCUUCUCAGGCGUUUGAUGCUUUAGUGAACAAUAAUAAUACGGUUAACAUGGAAGUGAUGAAUUCUUCCAUACUCCCAUCGUAAUUGUUGUGGGAGGUUGUAUGGGCCAAGAAGGUGUUUUCUGAAUGAGACUAUGAACCUAAGUUGCUCCUCAUCACUCCGGCUUUCAUGUCUUUCUCUGUUUGAAGAUUGUACUAUGUUACAAUUGGUGUCGAUGGCAUGGAGUGAUGCAAUCAAGAUGCACGAUCGUGAUGUUUUUUAGAUGUUGUUUUUAAAUGUUUUCGUGUGUUUUCUGAUAGACAGCUUGUAUGGGGUAUAAAGAUACUAUCAAUAGCAAUCUCUUCUUUGCCAGCA